UUCACAAAUCUUCUCUCAUUCCCAACCACUCUCCUUCUUCUUCUUCUUUCCCUCCCUUUCUUACUUUAGUCCCCUUAUGUGAUAAACCUCUUUAAAUUUUCAUCUUUAAUUUUAAACAAUAUGGGCAAAGCAUCCAAAUGGUUCAAAGCACUCUUCAUUUUCAGGAAAACUGACUCUUCUUCUUCUUCUUUUUCAUCACUACAAAAGAAAUGGAGUGACGUUAAAUCCUACAGAGAUAAGGAUUUUCAACAGCGCCACCAUGAUCACCACCCUGAUAGAUCACAUCACUACGGUGUCUCUACGUCAGUUCACGGUAGAAAUGACGUAGUAAUAACGGAGAUGGAUUCAGGAUUUAAAUUUAUGGACCCCACCAACAGCCCCGUCACGGUAGAAGAGGUGGUGGAGCUGACAGCUAGUAACGGUGGUACAACAGCGGUGACGACGUGGAACGGUGUCGGUUUUAAUCGUGAAGAAUGGCCUGCCGUCGUGAUACAAUCAUAUUUCCGAGCUUAUCUGUCCAGGAGAGCAUUAAGAGCACUGAAGGGACUUGUGAAGCUUCAGGCAUUAGUAAGAGGUCAUAUUGUGAGGAAGCAAACUGUUGAUAUGUUACGGCGUAUGCAAGCACUAAUAAGAGCUCAGUCGAGAGCUCGUGUUGGACGAUCUCAGGUUUCAGAAUCGCCUCAUUUUAGCGCCAAUUUUAUUCAAUUUCUUGAUCAUGGACCUGCAACUCCUGAUAAAUUCGAGCAUGUUAGUCGUGCAAAGAGCAUGAAGAAUGAUCAAAUGUUUAUGCUCAAGAGGAAUUCUUCAAACCAUAUAAGCUGCAGAAUGGAUAAAAAACAAGGCUCUUUUGCAAGAAGUGGCUCAAUUGAUGAUAUUGGCAAGAUCCUUGAAAUAGAUAAUGGAAGACCAUAUAUCACUUCCACACAGAAGAAUCUCUUCUAUUCCUCUGAUCUUAGCUUAAAUUCAGACCAAUUAAGUUACAGCUUGGAUGAAACCUGUUUCUCCUCUGCUGACAAUAGCCCACAACUUCACUCAGUAUCAUCGAAAUGUGCUUGUUCGAGGAGAGGGCCAUUUACGCCAACUAAGAGUACCGAUGGUACAAGAAGCUACUCGAGUAAUCAUCCAAACUACAUGUCUUAUACCGAGGCAGCUAAGGCAAAGACGCGGUCUAUGAGUGCACCAAAACUAAGACCUCAGUAUGAUAAGAGGUACUCAAGAUCUAACUUGCAAAAUGGUUCUACUUAUUGUACCAACUUCACUAGCAAAGGCGUGUAUCCGGGUUCUGGUCAAUUGGACAGACAUGGAAUGCCUGUUAGAGGAGAUUCGGAUGAGUUUAGCCGUGGUUUUUUGCACAUGUAUUAAGAUGAUUCAAGUUCAAGUUUGCAGUUUGAGUUUCAAAAUUGUUUAACAUGCUAACAUAUAUGUAUCUAAGUCCAAAUGUUUAAUGACCUGAACCUGCAUUUUCCUUUGUAUUAGAAAUAUAUUUACUGAACUGAUGUGAAUCACUUUGUGUCUGGUUU